GCAUCAGUUUUGAAAACAAGCGAACAAGUGAUACAAACUUCAAGCGCUCUCAAAGCGACUCGAGGAUAUUUCUCAGCGAUUUUUGUGAAGGAAGAAAGUUGUUGUUGUGUUAGAAAUCAAGCAAAAUGUCUCUGCUACCAUACUUCUUCGAUGAAUUCGGCUUCCAGCGCCCUCGCCGCCUCUUGGACCAGCAUUUUGGACUCGCCUUGACGCCUGACGACAUUCUCUCCGUUGCCGCUGGACCGUUGAUGACCAGGGAGUACUACAGACCCUGGAGACACCUCGCAGCAGCUGUUAAAGACCUGGGAUCCAGCAUCAAGACCGACGGAGACAAAUUCCAAAUCAACUUGGACGUUCAGCACUUCGCACCAGACGAAAUCUCUGUGAAGACGGCUGAUGGGUACGUUGUGGUGGAAGCUAAGCAUGAGGAGAAGAAGGAUGACCAUGGCUUCAUCAGCCGGCAGUUUGUGAGGAGGUACGCUUUGCCUGAGGGUACCACGCCUGAGACUGUGGAGUCGCGGCUGUCUUCAGACGGCGUGCUGACCAUCACAGCGCCUAGGAAGAUCCCUGAUGCCAUCAAGGGGGAGAGGAAGGUGCCUAUCGCCCAGACUGGCCCCGUCCGCAAGGAGAUCAAGGACCAGAGCAACGGCACAGAGGAGAAGAAACAAGAAAAGUAGAGAGUUUGUGUUACCCCAACAUCUGAUUUUGUGUUUACCCUGUGCAUUUUCAUUGUCCCAAAGUUACGGCAGUGCGAAAUAAUUAAUGAGACUGAUUUAAAAUUAGUAAAUGUAAAUAUUUAUUUUUAAGUUUUGUUACGUUACGUUAAUAAAUGUCUGCUUGUGAUCUGAA